AGUGCCCGGGCUCUCAGCCAGGCCCCGUUUCUGCUGACUGGACAGCCUCCCCCAUGAGCUCACGCUUUUGGACGAAUCCCCUGACGCCUGCAUCCUGUCCCGGGCGUAUAUAGGGAGGGCCCCACGCCCGGCUCCCCACUGUGCCACCCAGAGGCCUGCUGAGUCCCGGGUCCUGCAGCCCCGACGCCCACCAUGGACAUCGCCAUCCAGCACCCCUGGUUCAGGCGCGCCCUGGGCCCCUUCCACCCCAGCCGGCUCUUCGACCAGUUUUUCGGCGAGGGCCUCUUCGAGUGCGACCUGCUGCCCUUCCUGUCCUCUACCGUCAGCCCCUACUACCGCCAGUCCCUGUUCCGCACCGUGCUGGACUCUGGCAUCUCUGAGCUCAUGACCCAUAUGUGGUUUGUAAUGCACCAACCACAUGCUGGAAGCCCCAAGAGCAACCCCACCAAGGUCCGAUCCGACCGGGACAAGUUUGCCAUCUUCCUGGACGUGAAGCACUUCUCCCCGGAGGACCUCACCGUGAAGGUGCAGGAGGACUUCGUGGAGAUCCACGGCAAGCACAGCGAGAGGCAGGACGAUCAUGGCUACAUCUCCCGCGAGUUCCACCGCCGCUACCGCCUGCCUUCCAGCGUGGACCAGUCGGCUCUCUCCUGCUCCCUGUCUGCCGACGGCAUGCUGACCUUCUCUGGCCCCAAGGUCGCAUCUGGGGGGGACGCCGGCCACAGCGACUGCGCCAUCCCCGUGUCGCGGGAGGAGAAGCCCGGCGCUGCCCCCUCGUCCUGAGCUGGGCCUCCUGUCGGCUGCCACCCGCUGCUGCCCCUGCGACCAUCCAUCGGGGGAGCCCUAGAACGGGGCAUUUGUCUUCCUUCUCUUUCCUCCUUCACGUUUCCUUCUCCUCUUCUCCGAGGGAAUGAGGGUUUGAGGGCGUAGGUCGAGGUGCUGCGACCUCAGGGUGACCCAGACCCCAACACCGGCCAGUUGGUGGGAG